AACAUAACCUCUCUUUUUGUUUGACAUGUCACAAAAAGACGUGUUCGACGUGUUUAUAUUCCACUAGGAGUGUUUUAACAAAAAAAUAAUAGUUUUAAAUAACGUACAGUUCUGAAUUAUUUUAUUAUUUAAAGAAAAAAUAAUGACGUCAGUUACUGCUUCAAUUGAAAGUGAAACUACAAGUGAGAAUUUGUUAUUAUCUGAGGACGAAACUGAUGAAAUUACGUUGAAUUUCUCGGAUACUAAUAAUGAUGUUUCACUGCCAUCGGAAGAAAGUUCGGAAAGCAAUGAAAAAAAGAAUAAAGAAGAAAAUAACAGCAAGAAAAACAGUGAAAAAUUAGAUUCACCUAAAAGUGAUAAUUUUAGCGAAAGCCUAGAAAUAAAUUCAAAAAAGCCGACGAACGAUGAAACAAAUUUAGUCUCUGAAAAUGAAACUAACGAAAAAAUACCAGAAAAUUCAUUGAAAUCUCAAAAAUUGAACGACGAAAAUAAAAAUAAUGAAAAUAUUCAUAAAAAUUCACAGGAUACAACAAAAUUAUCCAACGAUAAUGAAAACAACGGAAAAAUUCAAGAAAGCAAAGAAAAUUCACUGUCUCCACCAAAAUUAUCCCACGAGAAAGAAAGUAUGUCGAAAAUUCGAGAAAAUGAAGAAAAUUCACAAGAUUCUGAAAAGAAUCCAAAGGAUUCCCAAGAAACAGAAAAUAACGAUGAGAAAAUUGAAGAAAACGAAAAAAAUCAUCUUGAAUUGAAUAAAAAUAACGACAACGACGAUGACGAUGAAGAUGAUGAUAAUUUUCAAAAUUUUAAAUCAAAUAGAAAAUCGUCGCAAACGAGUGGAAAAAGAUUUACCCUCAUUGAUAGCGAUUCAGAGGAUGAUAAUGAUAUUUUCAUUUCGAAAAAGUCGACUAAUGAUGAGACAAAUUCUGUCUCUGAAUUGUCAAUAAAUUCAAAUUCAGAAAUAAAAUCGAAAUCUAGAUUAACAAAAAUUUUUGAUUCCGAUUCCGAUGAUGAUGUUGAUAGUAAUUCGAGUAAGAGUAUUGCGAAAAAAAAAUCCGUGAUAAAGGAGAAAAAAAAGUCUUUAUUGGAUUCUGAUUCUGAAAGUGGGUCAAGAAAAUCGUCAGAUGAUGAGAAUGAUGAAAAAUUCGGUGAGAAGAGAAGAAAUUCGAAAAAGGUGAUAAAGGAGAAAAAAAAGUCUUUAUUGGAUUCUGAUUCUGAAAGUGAGUCAAAAAAAUCGUCAGACGAUGAGAAUGAUGAAAAAUUUAGUAAGAAGAGCAAAAAUUCGAAAAAGGUUUCAAAAGCAAGGAAAGAUUUAAUCGAUUCCGAUAAUUCUGACUCCGAUGGCAAUUCAAGUAACAAAGAAUAUUCGACUGAAAACCAUGAAAAUAAAGCAGAAAAAGUACAGGAAAAAAAGAGAAAGGGAACAGUGAGAGCCUCGAAAGAUGCGGCGAUGCAACAAAUUUACAGCGAAUCACAAAGACUAGUGAGAGAAUCGGAAAUUUCUCUUCCCUAUCAUCGACCGAAACAACGAACCCUUCAAGAAUUUCUUAAUCGAAAAAAAAUCACUGCAGCUCUACCAAAAACAUUGACAACGGCGGCAAAAGUAAAAAUGUUCGAUGACAUUAUUAUAAAAGCCGUCGAGGAAAAAGAAAAAGAAGCCGAGGAAUUUUACAAAUCCUCCGAUUCAGAGGAUGAAACCGAAGAAACUAUGGAAAAUUCAGAGAAAAUCAACGAAAACACUCCAAUGGAUUGUGACCUUUUCCCCCCUUCAAUCAUAAUGAAUGAAAAUCAACUCGAAAACAAUGAAACAGAAAAUAUCGAAAACAACAAAAAUUUAAACCUUACCAACAAAACAGAAGAAACAAAAAAUUUUGAUUUUAACGAAAAAAGUAAAGAAAACGAAAACAUAAAUGCUAUUGAAAUGGAAAAUGAUAAUGAAAAAGAAAAUGAAAUUCCUUCCGAUGAAAAUGAAGAAAAUUCACCAAAAUCCAAUGUCAAUGAAAAUAUUUCUCACGUGACACGAAAAUUAUUCGCUAACGAAACGGAAAAUGGGGAAAAUUCUAAAAAACCUGAUGGCGAUGAGGAGAAAAUAAAAAAUACAAAUGAUAAUAAUUCAGAAUCAAUGGAAAUUGAUACAAAUGAUUUUGAAUUACAAUUUUCUGUUAAUGACUUUGACACCGAAUUAAAUAUCAAAGAUCUUGAAUUCCCAAGAAAACAAAUUCCGAUUGAAUUAAAAUCACAAAAUUCAAUGAAAGACGAUGAAAUUUCGGAAAAUAAAAAUUCCCAAACAAGUGAAAAUUCAUGUCCUUCAAAUUCAAUUUUAAUUGAUGAAAAUCUCCCAAUUCAAGGAAAUUGUUCAACUAAUUCAAAGACUUCGACUAAUUCAAAAUCGGAGAUUGAUUCAAAUUGUGAGACUAAUUCAAAAUCAAUAAUUGAUUCAAAUUGUGAGACUAAUUCAAAAACUGUGAUUGAUUCGAAUUUGUUGAAUGAUUCGUUAAAUGAUUCGAAUUCUGGUUUUGAGGACAAUUUAGUUGAUGAUUCGAUUUUGUUAGAUUCUCCUUCUUCGAUUGCUGAGAAAGAAAAAACGGAAGAUGAAGAACUUGAUGAUGUAAUUUUAAGAGGACACGUUCUCGGUUUACCGCCGCCAAGCGAGGAGGAUAGAAUUAUUAAAAAAAAUUUGAUUAAAGAAGAACUUUUGUCCCGAUUUCUUAAUGUUACACCAACACUACAAGGAUCGCCAGGAACGACAAUUGAAUUAUCUGAGGAGAAAGAUCACAAGGGUGUUAAAAAUUUAGUCGACAGAUUUAUGCGCCAUUCAAACACUCACAAAAUUGAGGAAAGUUCGGAUGUUAAAAUCAUUCACACGGAAGUAACACCCGAGGGUUUGAAAAUUACCGAACAGAUUCUUCCGUAUACAAAUUCGAAGCCAACCGAGGAGUCGGAGUUAAAUAAACCAGGAGCGAAAUUAUAUCAACUACGUGAGCAAUUGCAGCAGCAGAUAUUCAACAAGAGAAACGAGGAAUGGCGUCAAAAGGAGGAAGAGGCGUCAAAAUUGUUCGAGGGGGAAUUUGACGAUGAAGAAAUGGAACCCGAGGAUAAAGAUAAUGAGAAGGGGGAAAUUGACGACGAGGAGAGUGCGGAGAGUGAACCCGAGGAGAAUGAUGUCAUCUUGAAGGAGACGAAAAAGUCAAAAUUCGAGUUUGCUGACGAUGAGGCUGAGGUCAGUGACGAGGAGAAUCGGUUUGAUGAUGAUGAGGAGGAAGAAAAAGAAGAAGAAGAAGAAGAAAAUGAAGAAGAAGACGAAGAGGAAAAAGAAGAGGAGGAAGAAGAAGCAGAAGAAAUAGAGGCAGAAGAAAAAGAAAAAGAAGAAGAAGAGGAAGGAGAAAAAGGAGACGAUGAGGAAGAAGCAGAAGAUUUAAAAAAUUCUGACGAAGAAAACGAGAACGACAGUCAACCGAAGAAACUACGACGCAUCACCACCGCGUUUCAAGACGAUUCCGAUCAAUCCGAUUCAGAAGAAACAAAAAAUCCCCCAAAAAUCACCUCUAAAUUCCAACGGACAAAAACAGACGUCGAUAUGUUUGACGAUUUGAGCGGCGGCGACGACGACAACGACGACUUUUCAAGUCCAAUUGAAUUAAAUCCCAUGAAAGACGACGAUUCAGAAAGUCAAACACAAUCAACACAAAAGCAUUCAAAUUUAAUCACACCAACAACUCAAUUGUCAAUUUUCCAAAAGCAAUUGUCCCCAGAACUACUCAGCAAUGUCGAAUCACCUUCAACCCAAAAGGAAAAUUUCCCAAAGAAAUUAUUCGCCACACCACUUACAAAUUCCAUCAAUGAUGACGAACUUAUGGAUCUAUGCUCUGGUAAUUUUGCCUCAACUGCUAACGAUCAACCUUCAUCGUCUUUAAUCAAACCACUAAUGAAUCCACUGACAAAUCCAAAAGUCACCGAAUCCCAACUCUUGGAACUUUGCUCCGGAAGUUUCGCCUCUGAAAUUGAUGACAAUUCCCAGGACAUGAAACUAACACUCGAUGAGACGUCGAAAAGUCCGAAAUUAGAAAGCGCGGAGAAAAACGCUAAAAUACAGGAGAGAAAAAAAAUCCUACGUAUCGUUUUUUCGGAUGAUGAUGAUGACGAAAAGGAGGAAGCGAAAAAAAAGAAAAUCACCAAAUUAGUUUUGUCUGAUGAUGAAGAAGAAGGCGAAGGCGAAGACGAAGACGAAGAAGAAGAAGAAUCCGACAUAGAGAACGAGGAAGAAGCGAUCGUCGACUACGACUCCGAAGAGAACGAAGUCCUAAUUCCAAAAGGCGAAAUCGGACAACACGUGGCGAAGAAAUUCUUCGACGCCGAGGCGGAAUUGAGCGAAAGUGAAUGGGGCUCGGAGGAUGAGGACGAGAAGGACUUGGACAAAUUGGAAAAAGAAGCGGGCGACGAUGAUGAAUUUGACGAGGAUCAAGUUCGCAAUCAAUUGGGUAAAAUACACGCCCGACAAGUGCAGGACGACGAUCAGCGUGAAGUGCGACUAUUGCAGGAUAUGCUCUUCGAGGACGGCGACCUCCACACUGAUGGAGCGGGUCGUGAGCGUAAAUUUCGCUGGAAGAAUAUUGACAAUUUAACAUGGGGUGAAACUGCUGGAGCGCAGGCAAACGAUGGUGAAUUAGUUGAUGACAUUCUCGAUGAGCAAAGUGAAUUGGAGCUGCGUAAGCAUCGCUAUGAAAAGGAGAAAUUUCUUCAAAAACAAAAUAUCGAUUCACUUGAUGAUAAUACAAAUGAUGAUUUUAAUGAUAGCGAAAUUUUUAAAUAUGGAUUGAAAGUUGUUAAUACAAUCGUCAAGAAUGAUAGUCUCACCAGUGAGAGUGAAAGUAUCGCAGUUACGAAGGCAAAGAAACCAUUGGCACCGAGUAUUAUUCCCAGUCUUUUGGAAAAAUCGAUACUUAAUAAAUCACCAUCGACGAAGCUUCCAAUACGUGGCUCAUUCCUCGCUCGCGGUGAUGCGACUCUGGCCAGAAUAGCAUCCAUUAUCGAUGAAAAAGAUAAGGUGAUUCGUGCUCCAUUAAACGGGCGGAGAUUUGUUUUUGAACACAUAAGUCCCUCGGUUAAGGACGCUGAAAAAAUUCAAGACGAAGAUGAAUCUUCACCGUCAACGUCGACGAGAAUGUCCCGAAAACGGACAUCGACAUCGGAUUCAACACCAAAAUCGCUUAAGAAAAUGAAAGUUAACUCAGAAUCGACUGGUAAAAAAUUAUUCAGUUAACAUCGAGUGUAAAAAUGUUAUUUAAUUCCCGGGUUUUAAAUUGAUAAAAGAGAUUGUAUAUAUGUUUUAUAAAUAACGAAUUUGAUUUAUA